GCACCGCAAACGCCACUUGGAAUGAACUUGAACGCCUUCCUUUGCAGGCGGAUCAUACAUUAGAGUCUGUUACAUAAGCCGAUAUUACAGGUAUGUUAGGAUGAGCGCUCAGCAACUUGAAACGACCUCGACAUUGACCGUUAUGGAUCCUUCAAUACCUAUUGUCGUUGACAACGGUACCGGCUUUGUGAAAGUCGGUUACGCGGGGUCUAACUUCCCUGAACAUGUUUUUCCCUCUAUAGUCGGCCGUCCAAUCCUUCGAGCGGAAGAACGUGUCGGGUCUGCAGUUAUCAAGGAUGUCAUGGUCGGAGACGAAGCUGCGGAGAACCGUAACUACUUGCAAGUUACUCAACCUAUGGAGCAUGGGAUCAUACGGAAUUGGGAGGACAUGAAGUUGCUUUGGAACUAUACUUUUGAUGAGAAACUACGAGUUGAUACCCAGGGACGGAAGGUGCUCCUCACGGAACCUCCAAUGAAUCCCAAGGCCAAUCGACAGCGCAUGUGUCAAGUCAUGUUUGAGGAGUAUGGGUUUGGAGGAGUGUAUGUUGCUAUUCAGGCCGUGUUGACGUUGUAUGCGCAAGGUUUGACAACUGGUGUAGUCGUAGACUCUGGAGAUGGCGUCACGCAUAUUGUCCCAGUGUACGACGGUUUUGCGAUGCCCCACCUGACACGACGAUUAGAUAUUGCUGGACGAGACGUUACACGAUAUCUGAUCAAGCUCUUGCUUAUGCGUGGAUAUGCGUUCAACCGAACGGCUGAUUUCGAGACUGUGCGAGAGAUCAAAGAGAAGCUUUGCUACAUCAGCUACGAUCUCGAUUUGGACACACGGUUAGCGGAGGAGACGACGGUGCUGGUGGAGAGUUACACACUACCAGAUGGUCGAGUGAUUAAGAUGGGUUCAGAGCGUUUCGAAGCACCAGAGUGUAUGUUCCAACCGCAUCUAGUCGACGUCGAACAGCCAGGAGUAGCAGAAAUGCUCUUCCAGACAAUUCAGGCAGCAGCCGUUGAUGUUCGUUCUGAACUGUACAAACACAUCGUUCUUUCCGGCGGUUCAAGUAUGUACCCCGGACUCCCUAGUCGACUAGAGAAGGAAAUGAAGCAGCUUUAUCUUACUCGUGUUCUGAACGGCGACCCGACGCGACUAAACAAAUUCAAGAUCAGAAUCGAAGACCCUCCACGGAGGAAACACAUGGUGUUCCUUGGCGGUGCUGUCCUGGCGGAUAUCAUGAAGAACAGAGAGGAGUUCUGGAUAUCGAGGGAGGAGUGGUUCGAGCAGGGUAUUGGUGCGUUGGACAAGCUUGGCCGGGGUGAAAACUGAGCUUGGGUAAACGACGCUCCUUUACGAUCGAAGGUUCACGGAUUAGUUACUUGUAUGAAUUAUAAAUGGCAUUGCAUUCUUUUAGAUCGAAAACCCGACGACAAAAACCCAGCAGUGAGUAAUACGAGUCCGUGUGUAUGAUAUUCUAUAUACUUUUCGAUGGGUAGUAAGUACAAGAUGAAUGGUGGAUGGAUGAUACGUAAGGUCGUAAGGUGCGAUUAUAUCUAGUGCAUGAGGAUGUAAAGAUUAUAGGAUAUACACAUAUGACGACACACAUGUGGACUGUACAUGUGAACUGAGCAAAGCAAAGCAAAAAAGGCACCACCCCUCCAGAACCGAAACUCUAAAGCACUGAGAG